UUAUUUCAGGGAAUGGAUUUUUUGCAUAUAAGAUAGGAUUCCGAAACACAGCGGGUCCAGAAAAGUUACAAGCAGUGGCACUCCGCGUCCAAGCUGAUCACACAAUAUUUGUGAAUUGUCGCAUGGAGGGUUACCAAAGCGUGAUCCACGCUGCAACCCAUCGACAAUUCUAUCGCGGCUGUUACAUUACAGGCACGGUUGACAUUAUCUCGGGCAACGCUGCUGCUGUAUUCCAGAAUUGCCAAUUUUACCUAAGGAAACCACUGGAUGACCAAAAGAACGUCAUUACUGCUCAAGGAAGGUCGAACAAGCGUCAAACCACAGGGACCGUCUUGCAAACGUGUGGCAUUUUCGCGGACGAUAAGCUUGAGCCUGAAAAAUCGAAGGUUAAGAGUUACUUGGGUCGACCAAUGAAGGAAUAUUCGAGGACGGUUGUAAUGGAGACGGACAUUACUGAUGUGAUUGACCCUGAAGGAUGGGUAGCCUCGAACGGGGAUUAUGCGUUAAGCACCCUGUAUUUUGCAGAGUACAGCAACAAAGGCGCUGGAUCUGAAGUCGCCUCUAGAGUCAAGUGGGCUGGAUAUCAAGGGGCGAUAGGCAAAGAUGCUGCCCAGAAUUACACAGUUGAAUCCUUGUUACAAGGCCAAACUUGGUUGAAGGAUUAUGAUGUUCAAGUCCGUUUUGGCCUUUCCAACUGA